CUACCCUGGCACUCAGCAGAAGCAAUAGGACCAACUGGAGCAGCAGCUGCAGCCCAUACUAUGGCAAAUGAAGUAAAAGUCAUCCUCUUGCCCCUGAAAGGGGGCCAUCCUCCUGCAGUCAAAGCUGGAGGAAGGCGAGUUUCCAAAAAACAAGAAAAUGCAGUUGUGGAGAGAAAUGCCAAAAAAGGAGGACCAGAGAAGACCAGUACUCUUGCCAAUGUUGCUAAAAUGCAAAAUAUGAUUAUAUUGAAUGAUACUCUAGAGAAGAUCAGCCACAAAUUUCCAGCUGCAGUUCAAGUGGCUCAUCAAAAGCCAAGACCUGGCCUGGAAAAAACUGUCCCAUCAAAAAGAAUCUAUAUUAUUCAACAACCUCGAAAAUGCUGAGUUGUGAAGUAAAAUAUUUAUGUCUUUCUAUCAGCGUGGAGCAUUUGUGCUCAAAGCUCACAGGUAUCACACCUAAAAAAAAAAAAAAAGAAGAAGAAACUUUCCCAGAUUUAAGCAUGCAAGUUUGGUAGAAAAAGUGUUUUUUGGAAUUUCCCUUUUGACUUUAGACAACAAAGUAUUUGUGAAUGUAAAUCCAAUUCUUUUUUUGACUAUGUCAUAGUUUUGUACUCUAAUAAAACAUUUUCCAUUGUUAUAA